AUUAAAAGUGUUAUUUUAUAACCAUGGACGGAAGAGUCGUCGGAUUCGUUUUGACUCUAUUCCUUGUUGGCCUGAAUGCGGACGACGAUCAGUUGAAAGUAGUCAAAGCUGUCGAAAUAUGUAGAUUCUGCAAAUGUACAGAUGGAGCUGUGGAUUGCCAAUAUCAAAAUAUUACGACCUUCUUCAAAAAGGAGCAAUGGGACUUGUUAAAAGACUUGAAACCAACCAACGUGGAUCUAAGCGACAACUUCUUUACAAACAUCACUGGAAUAGCAGAACUCCCUAUCGAAGUAUUAAACCUGUCCAGGAGUCGAGUGGAAUGGAUUGAGAAUGGCAGUUUUAAGAAUUUAAAACAGUUAAGAAUUUUGGAUUUGAGCCAUAACCGUUUGACGGCAGCAAAGCUAGGUCCACAUGCUUUUGAGGGCAACUAUUCUCCGGAAGAAUACGAGCCUCUUCCUUCUAUGCGCGUUCUGAACCUUGCAUACAACGAUUUGCAUUCAUUGAACUCGGAUCUUUUCGAACACUUGCCUGAGCUCACAGAACUGGACCUAAGCGGAAACCCCUUGGGUAUAAUCGACCACGUCACUGUGAUUGCAAUAUCCAGUUUGCCUAUGUUAAAGGUCCUGCGUAUGCGGUCGUGCGAGAUUAAGGAUAUUCCAGACAAAAUGCUGCACACGCCUCGCUACCUUGAACGAUUGGAUCUCAGUGAUAACCUGCUAACAACAGUGCCACAGGAACUGCAAGAAACCAAGAAUCUUCUUUUUUUGAAUCUGAACCAAAAUCCUAUCAAAGAACUGGACGUAACCUCUGAAGACAAUCCUGGCUUUCCGCGACUGCGCAAAUUGCAAGAACUUCACAUGUGCAAUAUGGCGCAACUCCGCCGUAUCGGCGCGGGCUCACUUUCCGGUCUCGAAAGCUUAAGUAAGCUGCACUUAAGUUUGAAUCCUCGACUGACUGAGAUUGAUGCCAAGGCGUUGGCAAGAGCUGAUGAUAUUGGGGAGACUUAUGUUUGGCCGCCUAUUAAAGAGCUCUACCUCCACUCGAACAACCUUUCUGAGAUUGAUUCUAACUUAAUCGCAAGAUGGGACCUCGUUGAUGCCAUAGACGUCUCCAAUAAUCCGUUCAUGUGCGACUGCACGACGCAGUGGAUGGUCGACAUACUUGUGCCAAUUGUUGAAGGGACGAAGGCGAAUUCUAGUGCUAUGGUAUGCCACGAGCCGAUAGAGAUGCGACCUUUUACAAUGAAACAUCUCCAUGACAUCCACCGUACCAUGCGAUGUGUGGACAAAUACGGCCAUCGCCCCGAGAGAGACGGGGCCAUUCUUAUGGGCACUCUUAUUGGAGUACUUCUGUCAGUUCCCAUCAUGCUGUCCCUGAUGUUGCUCUGGCGUCGAGGCUACUUCGCCUGCAUCGGCAUACGAGGCCCUGUGGACGUCUCGCGAGCAUUUUACAAGAGAGCACCUGGUGAUGAUAACUUUGUGUAUAAUAAUAAUUAACUUAAUUUCUUGAGUUAUUUCAGUUUUGUCAAGAUGGACAAGUCACACCCGUGGUGUAUUAAGACCACAUUAGCAAAAUGUACUAUUACAUUUUUUCUAAUAUUGAUCUUUUUGACACCACACUUAUCAAAUUUUAAAAAAUUGGCACUACAAAUUGUAAAUGGUGUUUAAUUACAUGGGCAACUUCAUAUUACAUAAUUAAUAUGCUUUUUAAUCUAUUUUAAAUAUCUGCUGUAAAGGUGAAUGUGGACAAAUAUCUAUUUACAAAGAGCCACACCUCCUAGUAGAAUCUGUCUUAUGAAUGGGCAACAAAAUGUAUGCGUCAUUUGUUUAUCUAUGAAAUAGAAUUUUGAAUAUGAUAGAACGAACGAAAACAUAGCUCCCCGUCCCUGCGUUCUUCCUAAGGCGUGGACUAUCUUAUUCGGUCAUAAUACACUAUAACAAUAUUAUGCAUAAUGUAAUUAAUAUAUUACAAUAUUUAAUGUAACUGUAAUGUAAAUGUUAUUUAACAGCAAGUAAUAUUAUUUUAUUUGUAAUAAAUUAUAUAGUAAGUUAUGUAGUUUUUACUGUUUUUGGAUUGCGGAGGAACAGUUUAACGUUGACGGCG